ACACAAUGUAUCAAAAUCAAAAUGAAGUGUAUUUUUAAAAUUGUAGUCUACACUCCUAUAAAACCACGUAUAAUUUACUCCAUUUUUGGGAAUAUACUCUACACUUCUAUAAAACUAUGUAUAAUAUACUCCAUUUUUGGGAAUAUACUCUACACUCCUAUAAAACUACGUAUAAUUUACUCCAUUUUUGGGAAUAUACUCUACACUCCUAUAAAACUACGUAUAAUUUACUCCAUUUUUGGGAAUAUACUCUACACUUCUAUAAAACUAUGUAUAAUUUACUCCAUUUUUGGGAAUAUACUCUACACUUCUAUAAAACUACAUAUAAUAAACUCCAUUUUUGGGAAUAUACUCUACACUUCUAUAAAACUAUGUAUAAUAUACUCCAUUUUUGGGAAUAUACUCUACACUCCUAUAAAACUACGUAUAAUUUACUCCAUUUUUGGGAAUAUACUCUACACUCCUAUAAAACUACGUAUAAUUUACUCCAUUUUUGGGAAUAUACUCUACACUUCUAUAAAACUAUGUAUAAUAUACUCCAUUUUUGGGAAUAUACUCUACACUUCUAUAAAACUAUGUAUAAUAUACUCCAUUUUUGGGAAUAUACUCUACACUCCUAUAAAACUAC